GCCGAUCAACUUACAGAAGAACAAAUCGCAGAGUUCCGUGAAGCUUUCAAAUUAUUCGACAAAGACGGUGACGGAGCUAUCACGACAAAGGAACUUGGUGUAGUUAUGCGUUCUUUAAAUUUGAAUCCUACAGAAGCCGAGCUUCAGGACAUGAUCAAUGAAAUCGAUAGUGAUGGAAAUGGUCACAUUGAUUUCAGUGAAUUUUUAGCCAUGUUGGCAAGAAAAAUGAAAGAUACAGAUUCUCAGGAAGAAAUUCAGGAGGCCUUCAAGGUGUUUGAUAAGGAUGGUAAUGGUUAUAUUUCUGCAGCAGAACUACGCCAUGUAAUGACAUCUUUGGGUGAAAAGUUGACUGAAGAAGAAGUGGAUGAAAUGAUUCGUGAGGCUGAUGUUGAUGGUGAUGGACAAAUUAAUUAUGAAGAAUUUGUCAAGAUGAUGGUAUGUAGACGCUUAAAGAAAAAAAAAAAAAGAAAAAGAAAACUAACUAUGAAUGCAUACAGAUGUCUAAAUAAAAUAAAAAGCUCUUUUUUUUAUUAUUGA